AUGAGGCGAUUUUGUAAUAUUGUGCGAGUGGUACCUGAGAUCUUGGCAGAUACCAUCGUGUACGCCGCGAAGGGUCAUGGCGCCCUAGUCAGCGGAACGAACGGCAGCAAAAGACAAGAGCUAGCACCAGGGGAUUUUGCACUCAUACCAGCGUAUGCAGAGCACCAAGAGGUCAACGACAGCGAUGAGGAUGUUGUUUGGAUCAUCACACGGGGUGGCAGAAACCCUGUUGUUGAGAACCUCGAGGCUUGGUCGAAAGACUGA